AAGAUUUUUGAAUGGAGCGCCUACGAGCAAGGGUUCCAGGGCCACUAUUGGAACGCAUCGAGCGCAGCAAAGAGGCGGAAAUCGCGUCUACAGCAGCCGCGCUUGCCGCAUUUCUCGAUCGCGAUCCAGUCUUUCGUCAUGCAUUGGACCGGCUUUUGCAGCCGACUACGUGUGGCAAGGAUUACGAAUCGGCUGCGAAGUACAAGGCAGAUGGAAACAGAGCAUUUCAGCAGCGGAAUUACAAACAAGCAAUACAAGACUACACAAAGGCAUUGAAGCUUAUGCCUUGGAAUUCCGCAUCGUGCAAUGAUUUGGCGACUAUAUUUUCGAACCGUGCGACAAGCUUUCAUAAAUCGGGCUUAAAAAUGGAAGGUAUAAGGGAUUGUGGCCGAGCAAUUGCGCUGAACGAAUCAUAUGCAAAAGCAUGGUACAGGAGAGGACUUAUCAAGGCCGAUUUGUGUGACUACCAAGGAGCUGUCCUGGACAUGGAAGCUGCUCAUACUCGCGAGUGUUCGGUGAGCGGCAAAAAGCAAGUAGAGGUUGAGCUCCUCCAAGUUCGUCAAAAGCUUAAGCUAGCCUCACCACAGGCGCAAAGAGAUUUAAGCACAUCUUUGAAGGCUGGUAUUUCGGCUCAGACGGCGAUGUAUUGGAGCGCUGAUAAGCAGUGGGGACUGAGAACAACAUCGGAAGUUCAGGCUGGCACGCUCGUUCAUUCGGAAGAAGCUUUAGCAGGGAUCUUGUUGAAAAAACAUCGUCCUACACAUUGUCAUGGCUGUUUCGGUGUGGUACCAGCAGAUUCUGUUCCCUGUAUCGGAUGUGGAGUUGUAUCAUAUUGUAACGAUGCUUGUCGUGAUGAUGCAACAGUGGAGCAUAAAUUGGAAUGUGGAGGCAGUGGAUGGGCUGCUGCUCUUCCCGAAGAGGGUGUUCUUGCUGCUAGAAUCUUAGUCACUAAUUUACAGUGCGAGGUUGAUCUCUGCCACCAUUAUAACGAUCUUCCAUCUCAAACUAAAGUUGAGCUCUAUCUCCUGGCUGCUACUCUAGCAAAGUGCCUGAAGGCCUCUUGGUUGGCGUUUUCUUUUGAAGAUCUUCUCGCCAAGCUUGUUCUUUUGCUUGCAAUGCUUCGAUUCAAUGCGAUGGGAAUCAUACACAUCUAUUCAUCAGAUGAGACUGGUAGUUCGUCGGGAGCGCACAUCUGUGGGAUUGAGCAUGUGGUGGUUGCUCAAGCUCUUUUUGUGCGUGGUAGCAAGUUCAAUCAUUCUUGUAGCCCCAACGUCCAUGUCUCAUAUGUCAAGCGCACCUUACGUGCUCAUUGUACCGAGGCGCUUCCAGCUUUUUGUCCGCUCGAGAUAAGCUAUGGCGUUCAAGUCGGAGAAUCUGAAAAGUCACAGAGAAAGAUAUGGCUAAGAGAUCACUACCUUUUUGAAUGCUCCUGCGAGCCCUGCCGGCUGGGUUUAGUGUCGGACUUGCUCCAUAUCGCAUACUACUGUUGUCAACCUGGCUGUCAAGGCAUUGUGCUGGAUCCAGACGCUUCCGACGAGGAUAUACUUCUGCCUGGAGGUUCUGGCACAGUGAGGUUUCUUAUCGAGCAUUGCAACAUUCUGCCGCAGGAUAUAAACAAGGAUUCACCCCAGUUUAUUCUGCCUGCUAAACGAUGCUUGACAUGUAAAGCGGUUAGAAGUUUGAAAGAUGAUGGCAGAAAGAACUGGAGGAUCUUCAAAUUUGCGGCAGCCAACGGUAGAAAGUGCUUCCAUCCAUUCAACAAGCAGUUGGCUCAGAUGGAAGACAUAGUGGCAAGACUAUAUUGUGAAGCAGGACAGCAGCCUGCAGCCGCUAUAGUUCACGCACGAAGGUCAAUAGAGAUUCUUGAACGCAUAUACGGGAAAGAUCACAUUGCAAUGGCAUAUGAACGUCUGAAGCUCGCAUCUAUUGCAGGGAUCACAGGAGCCGCAAGGGAAUGCUUAGCAAUGGCAGAGAGAACAUUCAGUUUCUAUUAUGGCUUUGACUACGGAGCAGUAUUUCCUGAUCUAAAACGGUUGACGAGUUUAGAAUGAACAGUGGAAAAGUAUGACAUUGUAAGGCUACUACGUAAUAAGGGCAACCACAAACGUUUAUCUGAGUCUGUC